AUGUCUUCUAAUACGCUAAACCAGUUAGAUGACGUGUUGGAUGAUGUCAGUACCACGAGCCGUGCGAUGGUCGCCACCAGAAAGACGGUUCGACGUAAAAGCCGAGCCUACAUCAUGCCUUUGAUGUCGUUGAGCCGGCCAAUGGAAUUGUACGGGGGACUAUCGAGCCGCGCCAAAUAUUUCGGUGCCAUGGCAGCAAAAAGACUGCAGACAACGUAUUAUGCCAACAUUGAAGUGGCCAUCGAGGCAAAAAGGAAAGCGCCCACCGGUUUAAUAGACCAAAUAACGGAAUCGAUAUUCCAGAAGCUGGUCGCGGCUUGUCAGCAGGACUUGCCGCUGGUCGUCGGAAAAACGGUUCGUCGGAAACGCCGAGCAUACAUCAUGCCUUCGAUGUCGUUGAGUCGGCCAAUGGAUAUGUACGGGCCAAUCUCGAGCCGUGCCAAAUAUUUCGGUGCUAUGGCCGUAAAAAGAUUACAGUCAACGUAUUAUGCCAAGAUUCAAGCGGCGGUCGAGGAGGUAAAUCAAAUAGUGGACCCGAUAAUCACUGAUAUAUCGGCACAAAACGAGCGCCGAUCAAUGGCUUCGACUUCGGCCAGUGCAGAAUUUAACGGCGUCGCGACAUAUUAUCAUUCUAAGCCGAAUAUUGCGGCAAUCGAAUUUGAAAGCGAUGUGCCGUCCGGUUCGAGGAGUCUGGAUUCGGUGCAGAGGUGGCAUGUCCGAACCAAAGAUAACAUCGCGCGUGUUAGGCGCGAUGAAGCACAAGCCGCUGAAGAUGAGAAGAAACUUAUGAUGAGGAUACAGUUAGCUGAGCAAGAAACAAAACUUUCAUUGCUGAGAAAUAGAUCAAAACAAAGAUAUGAUGACUCUGGAGACCGACCCGAAGAAACUAAACCUGAAGUGUUGAGUCAUGUCAAUUUUUUCCAAGACCUUGAAGAUGGGCAUGUUGCUCAUACAGGUGUUAACAAAGAACACGAACAGGAAAAAAAGGAAGAAAAAGAAGCAUAUGAAAAAAAAGUUGGUUAUCUUACUUAUUUAGGACAGGACACAGAUGAGGUGACUGGGAAUGUACAAUGGUAUAACAAGAAACCAAAACGAUUAGACUUGUGUGAAACUGAUAAAGAAAUUGAAACAAAAGUUAAAUCAUUUAAUGAUCCACUUAUUGUCAUGAAGAAAUAUGUUGAAACGGAUCUAAAAGGCAGUAAACAUUCAAAAGAAUUGAUAAAAAAAAAGGACGAAUCACCUAUAAAAAAACAUAAGAAAAAACAUAAGAAAAAAGAAAAGAAAAAGGAAAAAUUUAAUGACAAAAACAAAAAUAAAUUAAUUUUGGUAAAACUUAGAGAAAAGAGAUUAAAGAGAGAAAGGGAAGAGAGGUUUAGAGCCAGUCAAUUAUUGGCAAGAAUAAAUGGAGUUGUACCUGUCGAAGUUUCAAAACCACAACCAAAACCGGCUAUUGUUCAAAAGUAUAAUUCUCAGUUUAAUCCAUACUUAGCAAAGCAAAAUUAUCCUACAAGUUUUAAUUCAUAACCAUACAAUCUAGAAAAAUAAUUUUUUGUGUUUAGUAAAUAUUUUAAAUAUUUUAUUGUACCUAUUGAAUAAAAUGUUGAAUAAUAAUAAUAUUAUCAUUUAUUUUUAAACUAUAUAUUUUAUAAAAAUAUAACAAUAAUUAAUUAUAUUUUAACUCUAAUACCGGGUACCUAAUUAUCUACAUUCGUUUGGCAGCUAUAAUUUUAAAGUAUAAACAUUGAUAAUAUAAUCCGAUACUUGAAAAGCAUAAAAUGCAAAUAAAAUUGUAAUGGAUGGUCUUAAAUUUGAAUUCAAUGAUACAAUAUCAUUGUAUAAGAAAAACGAUUCUGAGGGAAAACGGUCAGUCAGCCUAUGAUAUUACCAAGUAUAUUUGAUGAUAUUAUUGUGAAUAAAGUAAUUUAUAUAACCUAUUUACGCGGAG